UUUAGUCCCCAUCUCGUGACAAUAUGAUACAAUUUUCAAUUUUUAACACUCCAGUUUCAAAAGAAACAUCUAAUAAGGAUUUGACGACGAUUAUGCAAAUUGCAUUGCAAAUUCGACCAAUAAAUACAAAUGAUCCUGUAAUAAAAUAAAAUCGAAACCUCCAGACCUUUUGCAGCAGCCCAAAAUUUUUCUGUAUCAGCUUCGAGUAUCCAACCCAAUUAGAAAUUGUCAUUUCAAUAAUUGACCGGAUUACAUUAAAUUUUCCCACCGAAUUUUAAAAAUUUGACGAGCAUCUUCGCAAACGAACCGUUUUUAUGUAUUCCUGCCUACGUGUCGGGCAAGUAGCUGAAGAUGAAAGAGAAGGGUACACUCUUCGUAAAUCUUCUAUCCGAAAUAUACAUAAAAUCGUCUCCCGUGGCGAGAGAAGAUAUCAGUUGAAGAAGAGCACUCGGUGCCGCAGAGUGAAAAUGAAAUUUUACAUAAUCUUGGCGGUAUUAUUGAUUCACUUCAUGUCGACGAGCGCGAAGCUAAAGAAGAAAUCGAAAUCCGAAACCCAACCUCCGGCAAUAAUAGCCAUACAAAUCGUGGACCCCAACGAGAACUCCACGUCAUCGAAGAACUCCAAACGCACCAUAGACUCAUCGCUGGGCUACGGCUACCAAAAUAAUAUUCUCGGCUCUUCCAAGCCGAGAUACGAAGUCUACAAAUAUUCCCAACACGACAUUCCCGCGUACCAAAGCGAUACCGCAAGGCCCGCCUUGGAUCACCCCAAAGUCCAAGUCCAAAAGUCUAUUCAGUAUCGAUUACCUACAGUUACGGAAUACCAGAAAGAUGGUAGUGACCAAAUCCAGCCUGGCACUACCUUAUUUUCCACAAUCAAUGCAAAAGGCCAAGUGGGUGAUCUCAGCUCGUCUCUGCCUCAGUCUUCCAUCACCUACGACGAUCGACCAGUGCCUGUUAUAAUACUAAGAAUCUACCCUCAGCAGCUUAAAGAUUCGUCACUGUUUGCGAAUUUGCCUCGGUCUCAUCCGUUUGCAUCGCGCAUCAACAACGUUGAUCUUCAAGCACUGCUGGCGCAGUACUUGAAACAACUUCAGAACCAAAUCAGCCGAGGUACAGCGUUCCGACAGCCUCAACCUCAGUAUUACGCAUCGGAGAAUCAACCGGAGCGACAACAACAGUACCAUCAGCCCGCAUACUACGAGCACCCUUCCAGAUAUUACACUUCCGACCAACGCUACCAACAGUACGAUCAGCAAGACGAGCAACAAUACGACCGGCAGCAACAAUACGAUGAAUCCAACUACGACCAGCAAUAUUACGACAGACAGCAACAGCAACAUUACCAACAGCAGAGGUAUCGAGAUGGGAGUGAAAACCAGUACUCGGAGUAUCCGCAGACUCAGUAUGAGGUUCCGUCUAGUUAUUACGACCCGCAGUACCAGGACCCGCAAAAACCUGAAGAUUUGCUGACGCACGAGAACUACCCAAGUGGAAAACACACUAAAGUCAUCUUCAAGACAAAGAAAGGCGAGAUAAAGGUUAGCAACACAGAAGAUCCGCCCACCAACGAGGUGAAGACGAUCAAGAUCCACGUUCCAGACAAUGUAGCUGACGUUCAGGUAGAAGAAACGGAAAAGGCAUUCCCAGGAAACGACGAUCUUCGCCAAUACGUGCAACGUGACGAACCGGUUUAUUACUCGUCGAAUUACGUCACUCAACAACCUCAGUACCAGCAACAGGAGGAUGUGUCGCAACUAGAGGCCGUUAGGGAUGGUACUCUCAAGUCUUACAAGAGGGGUAGCGUUAUUAACCCUCAUUUGAUCAACGGUGGGGGUUACUACUACUACCAAAGCAACGAGGACAGUCAGGAGUCAGGAAACGGAACUCCCGUGUCGGAGGAAAAUAAGGAAACCUCAACCGUAAGCUCAUAUCCUUCCAGGCGGUUGAAGUUGAAAAGGAAGAGAUUAUCCACGUAAUCUACGGCUUUUUCUUGGUACCAUGCAUAUGUUUUAGGCAUUUAAUGUUUUGUGUUAGGUUAGGGAUUGGUCAGAAUGCAGAUGAGGUUGCUCAAAGCACCAGCUCCAACACAAUCCCACGGUUCUAAGUUGUGUAUUUAUUGUAAAAGUAAAGAGCAUGUACAAAUUAAAUGAAAUAAACGUCAAUAAAUCAGUACUCUUCUU